AUGUUUCCAAAUUCUGUGGCUCUCGUGUUAACAGCCUUCCUCGUAAGAUGUGAAGCCUUAACUAAUGGAAAUCUCUCGGCGGUCAAUCUCACUCCCAAGACAACAUCAACCACUGUUGCUCCUGGGCUAGGUUCAUACAUUCUCGCCGCACUAGGACAAACACCGACAUACACUAACACCACAAUGAACACUGCUGAGCUGAACACUUCCUCCGCCGUCAGUACUACUUCAUCCCUGUCGACACUACCGCAGAGUACUGUCUGCUAUUCACAUGGAGGCCGGUGCUAUGAUGAUAUCACCUACAUCAGUCCAACAAUAGCAUCUACUGGCUCUGGCGCCCAGUAUGCGACGUCGUGUUCUAACGCAAUCUCUGCUUAUAAUUCGGCUUCCAACUCCUGGGAGAUCAAGCACAGCUACACAUCGAAUACGACCUACACCAUCGGAGGAAGUUCAUGGACUCAGAUUACAUAUUACGCAAACGCCACUACUCUUUGCGAUGGCCACGCACGCGUAAACUACUCGCCCGCGAUCGCUACUGCAAGCACCACCUUUCGAACUUCCAAUGCGCCAGCAAUACCUUCCACCGAGACGGUCAGUGGAGGAUGGAUGUUCCCUAUCUCUUCCGUCUCCUGCAGUGUCAACCCUUCUGAUUGUGACGGGUUGUGGCAAGCUUACAGUACUGCAUCCGCAUCGUGGACCGCUGCUGCCAAUGGUACCAGUGCGAUAGAUGCCAUCUUCCCAACCAUUACGCCAUCACCCUCAUUACCAGCUUGCGUAAACUCCAGUCAGUCUAUGUCGGAUGACGCUUUCUCAAAAAGCUUCUAUGGUUGUGGUUUGUGCACAAUAUUUGGCGAUGAGGUUGAGCUGAUGUAUUUCCCUGAAGCCACCACUGCGUCACGCGACAUGUGUGCUACCACUCCUGCCGCCAACCUGACAGCUUAUGGCAGUGAUGACGGCGUGCCUUAUACAGGCGUCGACCCUUCAGCUACGAAUAGUGUUGGUACACCUCUGGAGACUGCUGUCGUGGGAACGCGCACAUUCGUUCGUGAUGGCCAAGCAUACAUUUCGAUCAAGAAGGUCUGGGCUGUGGAUAGGUGCAGUAGCCAGAUUGGUACAACUGUCACUGAUGCCAUACUCGCCUUACCAUCGGAAAAGCUGUUAAGUUUGCGGUACUCUCAACCACACUACCAGUAUUUCGUCACGACAAACAAAGUCACUGGUUAUCCCUUCAACUACGCCGAUCUGAAUUCGCCAGUGCCCUACAGUGCUUGGAAUGGACAGGCGAGAUGUGAAUACCCCGGAGACUAUAGCUGUAACGUCAUCUACGAAAACCAAUAUAAUCCUCAACUGGCGAUGCCUCCAGGCAUUAGGAAGCUUGACCCUGCUUGGGAAGGUUGUCAGAUGUGGUAUGGAGGACUUUACGAUCCACCUUAUGCGCUCAAGCCUGGAACUGCCGUCGAGACACCUACAGUCGCUUUUGGACCAGCAUCAACAACCACCACUACCGCUGCAGAAGCUUCGAGUGCAUCACCUACUACGCCAACACCUACUGCUCUCGCAGAUCACACGACCGACCAAGCAAGCUCUACCCAAGGACAGGAUAAAAAUGACGAUGCUCGGCAAACUCAGGCUGCGAACACUGCAGGUCACAACCAGGAUACUCAGAAUACGCAAACACAGAAUGGUGCUCAGAACACUCAAGCCCCUCAAAACACACAAGGUGGAAAUCAGAAUGACAACGGUGGUAACAGCCAAAAUGGAAACAACAACAACGAUAACGGCCAGAACUCUGAAGGAGAUCAAAACGCUCAGGGAGGCCAGAACACUCAGGGAGGUCAGACUCAAGAUGGGGCACAGAACACCCAAGGAGGGCAAUCGCAAAAUGGAGGACAGUCUCAAAACGGAGGGCAGUCGCAGAACGGAGGACAAGGCGUUCAAGGCGGACAGGGCCAGCACUGGGAUCCAACACAAACAGCUGGACAAGGCGCCCAGGGAGAUCAGAGCAACCAGAACGCCAAUACUGCCAAUGGAGUACAGAAUACUCAGAGUCCACAAGCACAAGACGGAUCUCCACAAGGUAGUUCGCCAUCAUCCGCCAACCCUCAUAUCCACAUCUUCACGGCAGGCACUUUCACCUAUACCGCCACCCAGACGAACUCGGUCUAUGUUUGUGGCACAAACACCCUGUCGGUCGGAGGACCCGCCGCAACACUCCCGGUCAAUUGUGUUAUUAGUGCCGGCUCCAAUGGGCUGGUUAUCAACACCGAGGCUACUACCAUCACAAAUCGCGCAUCUGCAAUCACUGCUUUGCCAGUAAUCACUAAGGCUGUCAUUGUCACGGUUGGAAACAAAGUCCAAACCUUUUCGCAAGAGUCAUCAGGCGUAGUUGAGAUUGGCUCGACCAGACUGACACCUGGUGGCUCGGCAGCUACACUCGAUGACGGAUCUGUAGUCAGUGCUGACAGCGAAGGUGUCAGGAUUGGCUCUACUGUUGCAAGAUACUCGACUGUGGCGCCUGCAUCUGCUGCUGCUCCCAACGUCAUAGUAUUUGUCGUUGGCACGAAGACCGUCACCGCAUCAUGCCCGCCAGGAUCGACCAACGAGGCUGUCAUUGGUUCCCACACACUUACCGCCGGUGGGCCUGUCCAAACACUCGAGGACGGUUCUCGUAUCAGUCUCGCGUCAGGUGGCGCUAUCGUUGUCGAUGGCACUUCCGCUGCUGCAAUCGCAACCCCUACAUCUGCAAUAGUGUUUACCGUCAAUGGCAAUGCCGUCACAGCAUACCAAGCUGCUGAUGUUUCCAGCAUUGCGACGAUUGAUGGCACCGUCAUCUCGCGAGGUGGCCCUGAUGUGACCUUAUCACAUGGCGAAGUGGUCAGUAUGGGUUCUAACGGAUUGAUCGUGCAACAAGGCUCUACAACUGUGCCUGUGUCUGCAUUCAGCACAACAUCUAGUGAAGAGGAUUCGUCAUCCUCUUCAGGUGCAUCCGGAUCCCGAUCUGAAUCCGGCGCUACAAGCAAGACUGUAGCGAUCAGCUCGACAAGAUCUCCUCAGCAAGAUCAGGGUUCGCAAGCUGCAACCACCAGCAAAUCAGGAGCAAUUUCCACCGUCCAAUUGUCUACUACGACAAAUCUAUUGACGACUGCUCUACUGAUCUCACCUCUUCUUCUUGCCAUAUACUUAUAG